GAAGAACGUAGAAGAAACAGAAGAGCGACAGAGAAAUAUCGUAGCGCACACGCAUCGAGAGAAAGAAUCAGAGUGGAGGCAUUUAAUUUGGCCUUUGGAAAACUUCGAAAGCUGCUGCCCACUUUGCCGCCGGAUAAAAAGUUGUCGAAGAUCGAAAUUCUGCGUCUUGCUAUUUGUUACAUAUCGUAUCUGAACCAUGUACUGCAAAUG